AUGGACAAAAGCGAAUGGUGGCAAGGAGAGUUGGCAGAUGACAUCUACCGUGUUCUUCGAGAGAAGGAGCUGUCACUGCCUCGAUUGUAUGCACGCUCGCCCCAGCUGCACCUGCGUCGCUACUUCGUUGACCUCCUGGCCACACUGAGCGAGCACCUGCAGCUGAGCGUGGCCACUCACCACCUGGCCGUGUCAAUGUUGGACGUGUUCAUGGACCGGCACAACAUCACUGUCCGCUGCCUCUACACCUCCUCAAUCUGCUGCUUGAUUAUAGCAGCCAAGUUCGAGGAGAAGAUUGAGCAGGUGCCACGACUGGACUGGGUGAACCGCCUGGAGGUGAUGACCAAUCGAGGACUGAGUCUGUCUAAGAAGGAAUUGCAACAGACAGAGUUCAUGCUGCUGCGUACACUCAACUGGAACCUGUGCAUGCCCACAGCGGCGCACUACGUGGACUACUUCCUGUGGCUGACGAAGCGUGAGGACACCGCGGCCGGAGGCUCAAACGGCCACCAGCAGUCGUCCUUGUCCUACCAGCACGCGUACAUGAUCAAGUACAUGGCCCACUUCCUUCAGCUCUCCCUGCAAGACCACGUAUUCCUGAGUUUCCGUCCAUCCGUGGUGGCGGCUGCAAGCAUAGCAUUGGCCCGUAUUGGGGUGAAGCUGGCCUCUGCGUGGACUCUGCACAUGCAUCACUGCACCGGCCUUGCCUGGGAGAUGCUCCUGCCAUGCGUGUCGCAGCUGAUUGGUAAAUACAACUUCAACUGGAAGCAGGUUAUGGAGUGUAAGGAAAAGCCUGCUGUCCACUCUGAGCGGUCGUCCCAUUCAGCCUCAGCCGUACCACAUGUGCCUCUUCACCAGUCAACUAAACAGCAGCAGCCGCCACAGCAGCCGCCACAGCAGCAGCGCUGGGUACUGAAGCUGUGCCCACGUAGCCUCGUGCCAGCCAAGCAUCCGGUGCCAAAGCCGGUGCAGAUGCUACGGCCACCUGUGGAGGUGGAUCAGGAGAUGGAGCCGCUGCUGUUCUGCAAAGAGACCCUUGGCAACACUGCGGAUAACCACGAUUUGGCCACGCAAGCCGUGUGUCAGCAGGAAUCUGGCCAUCAAGCCACACAACAGAUAGAUCAGCAGGCGAUGCAGUACUUGAUAUUGCGUUCUCGGCAGGGCACCGAUUUGAGGAAUGCAGAACACAGAGCAAGUGUUGGUCAAAGCUCAGCUCCUCAGAGCUUUUGUCAGCAAGCUGGGGGCUCCAGCGAGCCUGUAGAUUACCAGCAAUCAAAGCGUCGCAAAAUCUCCGUGACGGUUGCAAACUUAAAGUAA